CGUUCCGGCUCGCGAAAGCAAAAAAAAAAAAAAAAAAAGGAGGUGACAUGUAACCGGCCGGCGCAGGUGCGACCAUUUUCUUGGGGGCAACGUCCAAUUUAACGCCAAUGCGAUGUUGCGGAGGCCCACGGCUGCGGCGGUCGCCGCCGGGAGGAUGCGGACUGUUUUGGGCGCCGUGUUGGGGAAGGACGGCUGGAUGCGGAGGAGCCAUGAGGUCAAACUCGUCAGCACGGCGUCGGGUGAGACCGUGACGAUUGGAGAUAUUUCCUACCAAGUGAAAAGACCACGCAACCCCGAACUGGUUCCCGUCAAACACAUUUCAGACUUCCUGCCCCAGGCCGUGGCGCAGCACCUGCGAUGGAUUAUGCAGAAAGACCUCUUGGGCCAGGAUGUAUUUCUCAUCGGACCCCCGGGACCCUUGAGGAGAACCGUAGCCAUGCAAUACCUUGAGUUGACCAAACGCGAAGUGGAGUACGUCGCCCUGUCCAGGGACACCACGGAGACCGAUUUGAAACAAAGGAGAGAGAUCCGGGCCGGGACAGCUUUCUACGUGGACCAGUGCGCCGUCCGGGCCGCCACUCGGGGGCGCGUUCUGGUUCUGGAGGGUCUGGAGAAGGCGGAGAGGAACGUUCUGCCCGUGCUCAACAACCUGCUGGAGAACCGAGAGAUGCAGCUGGAGGACGGCCGCUUCCUCAUGGCGGCCGAGCGCUACGACAAGCUGCUGCAGGAGCACACGAAAGAGGAGCUGGACGACUGGAAGAUCGUCCGCGUAAGCGAGGACUUUCGGGUCAUCGCCCUCGGACUUCCUGUGCCCAAGUACAGAGGCAACCCGCUGGAUCCUCCCCUCCGCUCUCGCUUCCAGGCCAGAGACGUCUAUUGCCUCCCGUUUAAGGACCAGUUGGAGCUGUUGUACGCGGCAGCACCCAACGUAGCGGCACACAGGGUGUCCCAACUGCUGUCACUUGGUACCACGCUGUGCUCCCAGGAAUCAGCCAACCUGAGCCUUCCUGACUUCCCUGUGGACAACCUCCUUCCUGCCUUGAAGGUUCUGAACGUCUUCCCCAUGAUGUCGUCGCAGCAGCUGGUCCAGAGACUUUACCCCUACCGUAGUAUGUUGGGCAAGGACGGGCGCGGCGCUGUGGAGACCGUCCUCAGUAAAUUUGAGCUUGCGGACGGCCGUGACGACGCAUCGAGCGGCGCCGUCGUCGUCAACGUGUCCAGAAGCGGCGGUGUGGAGGCCCGUGCGGACGUCACCCUGCGUUUUGCAGAGAAAGACGUGACGUUUCAGGUCCCCGCGGGCGCCAAGGAGCCGCGGGCACCCGGCAGCGGGGGCGCCUUCGUCGGCACCCCCAGCCACUCGCAGCUGAUUGCUGACAUGAUGCAAUCGCACAUGGCGAAGGACGUGUGCCUCGUGGGAAGCAAGGGUUGCGGCAAGUCAGCGGUGGCCAAAGAGUUUGCUGAGGCGUUGGGGUACACGUUAGAGCCCGUCAUGCUCUACCAGGACAUGACAGCCAGGGACCUCCUCCAGCAGAGGUUCACCCUCCCCAACGGCGACACGGCGUGGCGGCCGUCGCCGGUGGUCACCGCCGCCGUGGACGGCAAGCUGCUGCUUCUGGACGGUGUACACAGGGUCAACCCGGGAACGCUGGCCGUCCUUUCGAGGUUGCUUCAUGACCGGGAGUUGGAUCUGUACGACGGCGCCAGGCUGCUCAGGUGGGACAGGUACCAGGCACUGAAGGAGGAACACAACUUGACUGAGCAGCAACUUCAAGAGAGGUCGGUUUUUGCCAUCCACCCGUCGUUCCGCGUGCUCGCCCUUGCUGAGCCGCCGCUAGCGGGCGGGGGCGGCAAAGGACAACAGUGGUUGAGUCCCGAAUUGCUCCCCAUGUUCCUGUACCACACUGUCGGUCCGCUGGGUCGAGCCGAGGAGCUGGACCUUCUGCGAGGCCUGUCUCCUAAUGUUCCAAAGGAAGCUGCCGAACAACUGCUGCGCCUGGCGAGCGCGCUGCGACAGACAAACGACCCCACGGCCCAGUCUCUGGCCUCCUCCCUCUCCAGCAGACAGCUGCUGCGGAUCUGUCGCCGGCUCUCUCGCUACCCCGAGGAGAGCGUUGCCCACGCUGUCAACAAGGCCUGCCUCUCCAGGUUUCUUCCCAGCUUGGCCCGCAGCUCGCUCCAGAAAAAUCUCGCCAACUGCGACAUACAAGAAAAGACUGCGGGCGCCGAACACACACGGCACUUGACUUGCACAGUCAAAGAGGGUGUGCUGACUAUCGGCAGAGUGUCGGCUCCCGUCUGCGACCCCGAUGACAAGAUGAAAGUUCCAGAUGUGCUCUUCUACGAUAAUCCCCAGCACAUAACAGUGAUGGAGGACAUGUUGAAAGACUUUCUUUUGGGAGAACACCUCCUCUUGGUCGGCAACCAGGGUGUGGGGAAGAACAAAAUAGUGGACCGCUUCCUGCAUCUUCUGAACCGGCCCAGAGAGUACCUCCAACUCCACAGGGACACGACCGUGCAGACGCUGACCCUGCAGCCUUCGGUCCGAGACGGCGUCAUCACGUACGAAGACUCGCCGCUGGUCAAAGCCGUGAAGUCGGGACACAUUUUGGUGAUCGACGAGGCCGACAAAGCUCCCACCAACGUCACCUGCAUCCUCAAAGCGCUGGUGGAGAGCGGAGAGAUGAUUCUGUCCGACGGACGCAGGAUUAUCUCGGAUGUCGCGGACGCCCAGGAGAGGCCCAACGCCAUCGUCAUGCACCAAGACUUCAGGAUGAUUGUGCUGGCCAACCGGCCGGGCUUCCCCUUCCUGGGCAACGACUUCUUCGGGGCUCUAGGAGACAUCUUCAGCUGCCACGCCGUGGACAACCCCGAGCCUCGUGCGGAGCUCGCCAUGCUGAAGCGCUACGGCCCCGGGGUUCCCGACGCUACUCUGGAGAAGCUGGUUGCCGCCUUCGGAGAGCUCCGCUCGAUGGCCGACCGGGGCGCCAUAGCCUACCCGUACUCCACCCGUGAGGUGGUCAACAUUGUCAAGCAUCUCCAGAAAUUCCCCAACGAGGGUCUGGCCAACGUGCUGCGCAACGUCUUCGACUUCGAUUCGUACAACAAAGAGACGCGCGACGUCCUGACGGAGGCGCUGCACAAGCACGGCAUCCCCGUCGGAGCCGAGCCCGACUCGGUCCGGCUGGCCAAGGAGUUGCCUCUGCCAGAAGCCAAGUUGACCGGAUUUUGGACCGUCAACCAAACGGGCAACGCCCGGCGCAAACUGCUGUGUCCCUCUGAGACGCACCGCAUUGACGUCAAGGGCCCCGCCUACCUGCGAGUUCAGACUCAUCCUUGGCGCAGGCAGGAAAGCCGGGCGACGAGUUUCAGCGAGGAAAAAGCCCGCUGGCAGAUCCCCAUCGGCCCGGUCAACAUCGUCUGCGACGUCGCCGCCGCCGCCGCCGCCGACACUGUGCACGUGGCCACGUGUAACCCGGUGACGCUUUACUCCAUGAAGGAGGGCGCAGAAACCAUUCGGUGCGUGGAGCUUCACGACGUCUUCCCCCGGAGCAUCCGUGGCGCGCGGCAGCCGUUCGUCACCGUGGCCUCGCUGGGGGGUCCGUUGGACGGGCAGGUGGUGCUCCACGAGACGCAGAGCAACGCGGUCCUCCACGUGGACUUGGACGAGGGCGCCGUGCGCCGGCUCGUGGUGUCGCCGGACGUAGAGCGGAGCCCCGGCAGAGCCUCUCGCUGGUGGAGCGCUGGAGAAGCGCAGGGAGAGCGUAAAAUGUGCCGCGACUUCGCCCACAAGAACUGGCUCCUCUUCUACGAGGAAGACGGCAACCGGCUGGAGGUGCUGGACGUGCUGGAGGGCCAGGUCCACACCAUCUCCCUGCCCGUCAACCUCAAGUCGGUCUUCCUGGUGGCGGAGGACCGCUGGCUCCUUGUGGAGAGCAAGACCAACAAGAAGUUCCUGCUGACCAAGCCCACGCACGCGGCGGCCGAGGACUCUGGCGUGUGUCAGCUGCACAGCGUCGGCGAGGACGGCGUCGGCUCGGGCCACGCCCACAGCCGCGCGCCUCAGAUGCUGUCGUGCGAUCAGCUUCCCGACGAGAAUCUCAGCUCCGCCCUGGGCCAAAAGAUCGUCUCCCCGAAUCGCGUCAUGGCCGACGCCGGCGCCUUUGCGCGAGUCAUUGUGGGCUUCCCGGACCUCACGUCUCCCAACGAGGUCUACAGCUUCCAGAGGACGGCGGAACCCUCAGAGACGGAGGCCGGCGGCGCCUUCCCGCGAGGCGCCCUGCGGACUUCCGCGACCAAACAAAGCAACUGUGCGAGCCUGCUGUCGGCCAAUCAGGUGGUCCGGGCCCUCCCGCCGAGCGAGGUCCCCCUGCAGGAGCUCUACCCCGAAGGUGGCAGCCCUCCGCCGGCGGCGGCCUACCUGGAAGUGACGGAUCUCACCUCGAAAAAAGUCAAAUAUAUUCCAGUCCCCAGGUCGGAGUCGACGUCGCCCUACACCAAGUGGCUGUCCGAGGUGUCCGAGACGGGCGUGCUGAUGGCACCGCUGGCCUCGGGCGGCGUCAUCACGGUGGACGCGGGCGGUCGGGCGCGGCUCUGGGAGACCGGGACCGAGGCCCUGCGGCGAUCGCUGACGGACUGGAGGAAGAUGAUCGGCUCCGAGGACGGCCGCCCCGUUCAGAUUACCGUCCAGAGGGACAACAACUUGGACGUCUCUGCUCCGAAACACGGCAAGGUGGACGCUAGGAAUGCGCCCCACGUGGGCGGAAACCAGUGGGCGGGCGGCACAGGAGGUCGAGACACCGCCGGUCUGGGCGGGAAAGGGGGCCCGUACCGCUUGGACGCGGGACACAAAGUCUUCCAGCUUUCCCAGGCGGAGAAGGACGCCGUGCCAGACCACGUCCGCAGAGCUGCGCGAGAAAUGGCGGAAAAAGCCUUCCGAGACAGGCUGAAGGAGAUCGACAUGAGCGAGUACGACGCCGCCGCCUACGAGCGAUUCUCCAGCGCCGUCCGGAGACAAGUUCAGUCCCUGCGCGUCAUCCUGGACGCUUUGCAGGCCAAAGCCAAGGAGCGCCAGUGGCUGAAGAACCAAGCCCUGGGAGAAUUGGACGACGGCAAAAUCAUCGACGGCCUCACCGGCGAAAGGGCCAUCUAUAAGCGGAGGGGAGAACUGGACCCCGAGCCCGGCACGCCGCAGCAAAAACCCAAACGUCUCCGCGUGCUGGUGGACGUGUCGGGGAGCAUGUACCGCUUCAACGGCGUGGACGGCCGCCUGGAGCGCUCCAUGGAGGCCGUGUGUAUGGUCAUGGAGGCCCUGGAAAGCUACGAGCACAAGUUCAAGUACGACAUCGUGGGCCACUCGGGCGACGGCUGCGACAUCGAACUGGUGCGAGUGGACAAAGUCCCCAAAAACAACAAGCAGAGGCUGAAAGUUCUCAAGACCAUGCACGCCCACUCUCAGUUCUGCAUGAGCGGCGAUCACACGCUGGAGGGCGCGUCGGCCAGCGUCCGGGAGCUGGCGCGGGAGGAGGCCGACGAGCGCUUCGUGGUGGUCCUGAGCGACGCCAACCUGGAGCGCUACGGCAUUGGGCCCGAGCGCUUCGCCCGGGUCCUGAUCUCGGACCCCCGGGUCAACGCCUUUGCCGUUUUCAUCGGCUCUCUGGGCGAUCAGGCCGAAAGACUCCAGAAGAGCCUUCCGGCCGGGAGGUCCUUCGUCGCUAUGGAUACCGAGCGGAUCCCCCAAAUUCUGCAGCAGAUCUUCACGUCCAGCGUGCUGCUCGGGUUGUGACGGCGCCUCCGCGACACACGCGCUUUCCGCGCUUUGCCGCCGACUGUUUUUGUUGAGCGGGAAUGAGCGAGGACGGCCCCGAGAGGAACCGGAGAUCCGCAUUUACGGAAGAAGCCUUUGGCACACAUCCCCCCCCCCCCCCCAAAAAAAAAAAAAAAAAUCACACCACGUAGCAGCGUAUUCAUUAAAAGUAGUUUUUCUGAUUGCAUCACUUGUUGCUGGGCAGAAUUUGUCAACGAGCCCUUCCACCAUUCUCUGAGGCGCUCGUCCUAACCGGACGACUCGCGGUGCGCCCUGGACCGGUCGCCGGUCAAUUGCGUGAGCGACCGUUGGCUGGCGCUUUCGUGCCUUCUGACGGUUUGGAUUCAAACGCCAACCUGAGCACAGUGGGGCGGACGUGCUCACCGAAAGACCAGUAAAAGGUGCCCUUCACGUGUCAACAGCUCUGAAUGAAUUACAACACUUGAGCGAGCGUCCGGGACAGAGAACGGACAGGAACCGGAAGUCAGACAAAACCUGAACCUUUGUUGACGCGCGCGAACUUGAACUUGAACUUGACUCGCUGAGCCCAGCGCACUGGCCCGGAGGCGCAAUCGGCGAACUUAGCCGAGCUGUACCGUCGGCUUGAGCGGCGCGAGCGGUGCGUUGAGUUGACCUCGCCGAACGUUUUUCACCGAUAGCACCACAAAGUGACCAAAAUUUGACGCUGCACAGUGCGGGAAAUCGCAACUUGCCAGCUGUGGAAAUCCGACUUGCGGCGGGAUGACGUCGCCCGCGUGACACAAAACAGGGACGUCGAGGUCAGGACCGCGUAGGCCGGCCGAGUUGGCCCGCAUCACGCGUGGCUUUAUGAGCGCUUUGCUUUGCGUACUGAUGCGCGGACGUGUUGGAACGGGAAAGGGGCCGUCUCCAGACUGCUCCCGCACUGCUGAAAAUAUCCCGAAUAUUCGCCCCUGAGCUCCAGUCGAAGGUCAAAGCGUUUGAGGGCUCCCCGUUCCGACACGCCCGCACAAAGCGAGCCGACAGGAACGGAACGUUUUGGCCCGCUUCGGAGCGGAGCCUCGCCGGCGUGCUCGUGGAAGGACGGGCCCGCCGUCCCGUAAACCUGGUGGAAAACGGUUGCCAAAAGGUCGAGCGACGUCAUUUGGCUUUAAACGAGGUUGCGGCUUGAAAAGUUCCGUUUUCAAGUCGUUCCGCUGACAUUUGACUUUUUUUCUGUCGUUUGAUUGUGAAUUUGGACCAAGGGGGGGGGGGGGGAGGGGGGGGUUCUUUGUUGAAAAAAAAACAGGAAACGACGCUCGCGCCGGCUUUUUUUCUCGGGAUCAAUGGUCGCCGCUUAGCCUGGCGACUCGACGCCGUCUUCUCGCAUUUAGAGCGCUUCCAAUGCCCACGAGAGCGAUUAGCCCGUCCUACGACCGUCGAGAAUUCAAGGGUUGGUGACUGCACGUGCGACGGUCUGGGACAGCUUGGUGAGGACGCACUCGCCAAUGUUUGUGUCUAAAAGUCAACCAUUUAUGCUCCAAUUUAGCAAUAUUAUCAGGAAGCCAAUCAAAGUCCUUGACUGCAAAAGCCGGAAAUUGGAAAGUGUUAUCGGGGUCGCUUAGACCGCUUUCGUGUCUGUUCAAAUAUUUGUCCACUUGUGAAGACGAAGGAACCUUCCUGGUAAAAACAGAACAUUUAAUAUUUCCAUUUGGAUUCCAAAGCGCUUUUCCAAGGUUCAAGCAAAGAAAGAAGAAGAGCCUCAUCAACAUCUUGCUCGCUCGUCCAGACGUUAGCAUGAACUUCCAAAUUCUUCCAUUUCGUAGCGUAAAUGUGAAUUUGUGUUUUCUUUAAUAAAGACAAAAAAAAAAAAACCAAACAUUUUUUUAAACGUCUCAUGACGAGCAUAAACUGGAAUACAUUUUCAACUUUUUUUUUCCACCACCUGAAUCAGACAAUGGAGGAAUAUUUACAUGGUACAAAAAAAGAGUCAUAAGUUUAAAACAUGAAGUCCUCUUCAAUUUACAAAUCACAUUUUCCCCAAAAAAUAGCCUCGUUUUGACGGACUGAUGAGAGAUACGACAGCAAAAACAGUCUUGAUGAUAACAUUACCAAUAAUAAUCAUAAUCCAGUGUGGGGAAAAAAAACGUAAACUUUGCAAUGACAUGAGCGGCAGGCGUU